AUGUUGGGGCCACAUCUGCCGAAAAGAGUGCGAUUUGAUGAUCCAAACUUCGAAGAAACGGUUCAGACAUGGUAUGAAGAAGCAGAGAGUGAUCUGAGUGAAGUGGAAUCAGAUUGCAACAAAAAUUUUGACAUCAGCAAUGAUGAAGCUCCUGAUGAAAUUGAUGACCAGACAUACAUCGAAGGGGUGCCAUGCAAAAUGGAAGUGGAUACCGGCUCAUCAAUCACAAUUAUGUCCUGGGACACCCUCGUGAGAGACUUGCCAGCCAUCGCGAAGCGCCAGCUACAAACCCAGAAGCUGCAAGUGCAAGACUACCAAGGAAAUCGAAUCCCUGUUCGAGGGGUAACGUCAGUCCAAGUCAAAUAUGGACAGUUCAAGAAAACCCUGCCAAUCACCAUAGUAGAUGGAACCUUACCGAAUUUGCUAGGACUGGACUGGUUCCGAGCUUUGGGCAUGGGAGUGACCGGGGUCUUCAGAAAUGAAGUCGACCUCAAGGGUGAACUACUGAAGGAGUUCGAGGACGUUUUCAAAGAUUGCCUGGGCAAGUACGAGGGGACCCCUAUUUCUUUCAAUCUAGACCCACAAGUUGCCCCGAUCAGGUUAAAGGCUAGGAGGGUUCCAUUCGCCCUAAAGCCCAAGAUUGACCGGGAAUUGGACAAACUAGUAAGCCAGGGAAUACUAGUGCCAGUUGACCAUGCAAAAUGGGAGACACCUAUAGUCACCCCAGUCAAAACGGACGGAUCGGUCCGGAUUUGCGCUGACUACAAGGCAACGCUCAACAAAGCAUUGCAGAAGAGUGCAUACCCCGUCCCAGUAGUGCAACACUUGCUGCGCUCGUUAGGACAAGGGCAGGUUUUCGCCAAACUCGAUUUGGCUCAAGCCUAUCAGCAGUUGCCCGUAGAUAGCAGCACAGCCGAGGCGCAGACAAUUGUCACACACCGGGGUGCUUUUAAAUGCACCCGGCUACAGUUCGGAGUUAGUGUGGCUCCGGGGUUAUUUCAGAACCUAAUGGAGCGGCUAUUGCAGGGUCUACCCGGGGUGGUACCAUAUUUUGACGAUGUAUUGGUAUCAGCUGAAAAUUUAGAGGAACUGGGGGUAAGACUAAGGAAGGUUUUGGGCAUUUUCAGGUCUGCCGGGCUUAAAGUUAAGCUGAACAAAUGCCAAAUCGGGGUAGGAUCCGUAGAAUUCCUGGGCUACCGAAUAGACAGGGAAGGGAUUCACCCCACUGAGAGCAAGGUACGGGCCAUCAGGAAGGCCCCUGCUCCCAAAAAUAAAACGGAGUUACAGGCGUUCUUAGGUCUUGUCAACUUCUAUGCGGUAUUCUUAAAGAACAAGGCAACAAUAGCCGAACCGCUACACAAAUUACUAGCAAAGAAAACUGUGUGGUCCUGGGGGAAAGUGGAAACUAAGGCAUUUGAAGGGGUAAAAAACCUUUUGUCCAGUGAUAGCCUCCUUAUUCAAUACAAUGGUACGUUGCCAUUGGUAUUAGUCUGUGAUGCAUCUCCCUACGGGGUGGGGGCUGUGCUCAGCCAUAGGUUACCGAAUGGAACAGAAGCCCCUAUAGCGUAUUACUCCCGAACAAUGUCCUCGGCCGAAAGGAAUUACAGCCAGCUGGAUAGGGAGGCAUUGGCUAUAGUCUCAGGGAUAAAGAAAUUUCACGAAUACGUAUUCGGACGAGAUUUCGAGAUAGUAACGGACCAUAGACCCCUACUGGGACUCUUACCGGGCGACCGCCCAACACCCGUUGCACUGUCACCCAGGCUGACCCGAUGGACUAUCUUCCUGGCGGCAUAUUCUUACAGAUUGCUCCACCGCCCUGGAAAAGAACUGGGGCAUGCGGACGCAAGGGGAUGGCCCGCUGCGCCGGGCGAGCGUUUCAAAGACUUUGCAAAAAAACGAGAGGAACUAUCGGUUCAAGGGGGGUGUCUGUUAUGGGGGGAUAGGGUGGUUGUCCCGGAAAAAUUACGAAAAAAUGUAUUGGAACUUUUGCAUGUGGGCCACCCGGGGAUCGUGAGAAUGAAGAGUUUAGCGAGGAGUUAUGUGUGGUGGCCCUUGAUGGACAAGGAAAUUAGCGACAGGGUAGGGAAAUGCCAAUCCUGCCAAGAAUCAAGGCCACUACCCCCUACGGCCCCAAUUAGAGAAUGGAAGAAACCCCAGGGGCCAUGGUCUAGGAUUCACAUAGAUUUUGCCGGGCCAUUCCAUGGGCAAACCUUUUUAAUUGUAGUAGAUGCCUACUCAAAAUGGUUAGAAAUCAUCCUCAUGAGAACCACGACGGCAGAGGCAGUUAUCUCAGUCUUGAGGCACCUAUUUGUAACCCAUGGUUUGCCCGACACCCUAGUUUCCGACAAUGGCCCGCAAUUCACGGCAACCCAGUUUGAGGGGUACUUGGCGGAGGAGGGCAUCAGACAUGUCCUCUCGGCGCCUUUCCACCCGGCGACG